AUGGCUCUCGUCAAUGUUCGCCGCGACGUCAGCGACGCCUUCUAUCGCUACAAGAUGGAGCGUCUCCAGACAAAGAUUGAAGGCAAAGGAAACGGUAUCAAGACCGUUGUUGUCAACUUGCCCAGCGUUGCCCAGUCUCUCGCUCGCCCUGGCGCCCAUGUCAUCAAAUACUUCGGUUUUGAGCUGGGUGCCCAGACCAAUAUGGACCCCAAGGAUGACCGAUGGAUCAUCAACGGUGCUCAUGACGCAGCCAAGCUUCAAGAUCAUCUCGAUGGCUUUAUUAACAAGUUCGUCCUCUGCAAAAAAUGUAAGAACCCAGAGACCGACGUUGUCAUCAAGGAUGGCCAUAUUCUCCUCGACUGCAAGGCUUGUGGUCAGCGCACCGAUGUUGAUCUUCGUCUCAAACUGAGCGGCUUCAUCCUCAAGAACCAGCCCAAGAAGGGCAAGAAGGACAAAGCCGAGCGCAAGGCGGCCCGCAAGGCCAAGCAGAAUGGAAACGCAAACAAGGAGAACGGUCACGCAAGUGGUGAAGAUGGCUCAGAGAAUGGCUCCAAUGAGAAUGGAGAUAAUGGUGAUGCUGGCUCUGACGAUGAGUUCCAGAAGAUGCAGGCUGAGGCACCUGAAGUCGACGUCGAGGCUGAGGUCAAGGACCAUGAGUGGUCUGUUGAUGUCAGUGAAGAGGCUGUCAAGGCUCGCCAGGCUCAGCUCCCAGGCGAGUUCAAGCAGAAGCUGAGCAUAGACGAUGAGGAGGGUGGUGGCAACACCAUCUACGAUGAACUUGGUGAUUGGAUCCAAGGACAAGCUGCAGAGAAGGGUGGCAUUGACAACGUUGAUUCUAUCAGCAUCUAUGUGAAGGCAAAGGAACUGGGAAUCGAGGCCAAGUCCCGCACCAUUUUGGUUUUCGCCCAGACUUUGUUUGACCAGAACAUCUGCUCCCAGAUUCCAAAGCGUGCCAGCAUGCUUAAGCAGGUCAUUACCUCGGACCGUCAUGAGAAGGCUUUGCUGGGUGGAACUGAGCGUCUCAUUGGGCAGCUUGGAGCCGAGCACCCUGGACUUUACGACCAAAUUGUCAAGAUCCUUCAGCUGUACUACCAUCACGACUUGGUCAGCGAGGAAGUUUGUAUGGCAUGGGGCUCUAAGGCGAGCAAGAAGUACACGGACAUUUCUAUUUCUAAGAAGGUUCGCAAGGCUGCUGCGCCAUUCCUUACCUGGCUCCAGGAGGCUGAUGAGGAAGAAUCUUCCGACGAGGAGUAA